CUUCCUUGGUAUCCAGCCAGAUCUUAGUCCAGCUCACAGCUCUGUUGUCAAGUGAUGAUCACAAGACCCAAGGCUUAAUCCUCCCCAGCUCUACAAAAGCAAGAACAGAAAUUACAGCCUUUCUUAAUGUGCAUGUAACCAGCUGGAACACAACAUGAUUUGGCUCUGAGUGUUGUUUCCACAGAUGUUAAAACUAUCACUGAAUCUAAUUUGAACAUACACAACUGGGGGGCCGUGGCAGACUGAGAUUCCACACUCUCGCGGGGGAACUAAUUGGUCGUAUUACCGCUGAAAGUUGAUGUACAAACUGAUUUGUCGCCACUGACUGGAGGAAACAAACAGGUAAAACAUGAGAAACGCUCUGGGUCUUGGUCUUCUUUGUUUGCUCAUCUGGCCUGAGCCUGCAGACGCUCAGUUUCCUCGAGUGUGCUGCACAGUUGAAGGCAUUGUGUCCAAGCAGUGUUGCCCCGCUCUGGGCUCAGAUCCUUCUAAUGUGUGUGGCUCUCUGUCGGGGAGAGGAAGCUGCUCGACUGUUCGCGUCGACAGCAAACCCUGGGGAGGACCGUACAGGCUGAGAAACGUUGAUGACAGAGAGAGGUGGCCGACCAAGUUCUUCAAUCAGACUUGCAGAUGCACCGGUAACUUUGCAGGGUACGACUGUGGUCAGUGCAAAUUUGGCUGGACCGGAUCGAACUGUGACCAGAGGAGAGCCCCUGUUGUACGGAAGAACAUCCACUCCCUAACCCCCGCAGAGCUCCAGGAGUUCCUCGACGUCCUGGAACUGUCUAAGACCACCACCCACCCAGAUUAUGUCAUUGCCACCCAGCACUGGCUGGGACUCCUGGGACCAAAUGGAACUGAUCCCCAGUUUGCCAACAUCUCCAUCUACGACUUCUUUGUCUGGCAACAUUACUACUCUGUCCGAGACACUCUCCUGGGUCCAGGUCGUCCGUUCAAAGCCAUUGACUUCUCACACAAAGGACCAGCGUUCAUCACCUGGCACAGGUAUCACCUCCUCAGCUUGGAGAGAGAGUUACAGAGACUGACCGGCAAUGAGAACUUUGCAAUCCCUUACUGGAACUUUGCCACGGGUCAAAGUGAGUGUGACGUGUGUACUGACUCUCUGCUGGGAGGCCAAAACCCCGACAACCCGUCCCUCAUCAGCAACCAGUCCAGAUUCUCCAGAUGGGGGGUGGUAUGUAACAGUUUGGACGAGUACAAUCGCCUGGUGACUCUUUGCAAUGGCACCGGUGAGGGUCCCAUUCAGAGAGGGAUAAUGGAUGGAGGUAACAUGUCUCUGCCUACCAUGAAUGACGUCAGAAGCUGCCUGGGACUCAGGAACUUCGACAGCCCUCCGUACUUCACCAACUCCUCCUUUAGUUUCAGAAAUGCUCUUGAAGGGUACGAAAAACCAGAUGGAGAACUGGAUGAAUCGGUCAACAACCUCCACAACCUUGUCCACUCUCUGCUCAAUGGAACCAGCUCUCUGUCCCACUCUGCUGCCAACGACCCCAUCUUCGUGUUGCUCCAUGCUUUCACUGAUGCCAUUUUUGACGAGUGGAUGAGAAGGUUCAUUCCAUCCAACGCCACCUUCCCAGAUGAGAUGGCCCCCAUUGGUCACAACAGGGACUACAACAUGGUUCCUUUCUUCCCUCCGAUCACCAACGAGGAGAUAUAUCUUCCAGCUGAUCAGCUGGGAUAUUCCUACUCCAUUGCCCUGGAUGACGCAGAUGGAGGGCCAGCUGUGUUUGUGCUGGGCUCCACUCUGGGGGGAGUCUUCAUCGGUCUCCUGGUGCUUCUCCUUAUCUUUGUGCUCUACCUGCGUCAGCGGAGAAACAGAGGCUUUGAACCUCUGAUAAAAGCAGACUUCACAAAUAGAAAGUACACAGAGGAAGCCUAGAUUUCCCCUGUUGUUCUGAAACGCACUUCAAUACUUAUACAUACCUAAGAGAGAUGAAGCAGCCAAUCACCGAUGUUCUGUGCGCCUCACUGUGAUGCGAGAGGAAAAUUUUAAUCCUGCCCAUGAACUACACUUGUACUUUUUGGAUGUCAAAUCUAACAUCAUAUAAGCCCAAUUACUUGAAUCAUGUAACAUCCAAUUGAAAAAUAUGAAUACAACUUAAAAUGAAUGUACACUUUAACUGGAUUGGUAACGUUUGCUUUAGUGAGCCCAUCCCCGUCACUGCCUGUUAUUAUAAUGUACCUUUCUUAAUUUCUCUG